AUGGAUCACAAUCUUUCUACAGAAAGAGAUGGAAGCAUUCAUCUACAAGUUAGUGAAACUGGCAGCACAGGCACAACCAUGUUUGAGCCUUCUUUACUAAAUAGUAGCAUCGAUAAAUCAGAAAACGACACUGCGAAUUCCGUCUCUCCAACAUCCUCAACAAAUAUAGCACCUGAAAAGAAGUUGACCCUUUUUGCUCUUCAACUCGCAGUGUUUGAAAAAGCGGCAACUGGAUUAGGAACUCUUGGUUUCAUCUGGGCUACUGUCGUACUUCUUGGUGGUUUCGCUAUCACGUUAGAAAAAACCGAUUUUUGGUUCGUUAGCAUCUUACUUGUGGUUGAAGGUACUAGAAUUUUCAGCAGAAUCCAUGAGCUUGAAUGGCAGCAUCAAGCUACAUGGUCCAUUACUGAUGUUAGAUUUGGAAUCAGAAGUUUCAAGGAAAUGGUGUCAAGUUCAAAACACAAAACCGAGGUAAUAACAACAUCACGGACGACAACUAGGACGUGGAUUAGCUCCGACGUUCUGCUUCUACCGUAUGCUAGAUGGUUUUUUCUUUCAAGGCAUUUCAGUAGAAUUCUCUCCUGGCUUCAACUUAUAUCUGCAGCAGCUUGUGUUGUUCUCUCAUCGAUAAAGCUUGUUAGGCAUGACUUUGGAGUGGUUGCAGAUGGAGACACCGAUAAGAGGAACCGUAAAUCCGCGCUCUAUAUCUUUUAUUCCUUGGCUCUUGCAGAAGCAUUGUUGUUUCUAAUGGAAAAAGCUUAUUGGGAAUGGAAAAUCAGUUAUUAUAAACUGUUGGAUGAGGUUAAUGAUGAAUGCGAUUUAGGACCGUCCGGAAUGGUUUCUGUUAGACGAUUCUUUUAUGAUGCGUAUUCGAGAUGUAUCUAUGGAAGCAUAUUUGAUGGUUUGAAAAUGGAUAUGGUUAGUUUUUCUAUGGAACUCUUGACUUCUAGUUCACCUGAUGAGCAGCUCAUUGGAGCCAGAAUUCUUAAGCAGUUUUCAAUCAGCGCGCGAUUCUCCGAGGAUACGCUUCAAAAGAUUGGAAUAUCGAUAUCAGUCGUCGAGAGACUAGUUGAGAUGUUGAAUUGGACAGAUCAUAAUGAGCAAGAAAUUAGGCUUUCAGCUGCAGAGAUUUUAUCAAAACUCGCCAGUAUGAAGCAUAAUUCUCUCCGAAUAGCCGGGAUACCAGGAGCUAUGGAAUCAAUAUCGUCUCUUCUACAAACUAACCGCAGUUUAGUUUCCGCAGCCGGUGAAAUUGGAGAAAAGAAUUCUAAAUUUGAUCAUUUAAGUUACAAUGUUUGGAGAUCUAACCACUUAGGACUUCUCAUACUAAAAAAGCUUGCACGCGACCACGCGAACUGUGGGAAGAUUGGAAAUACAAGAGGCCUUCUUCCUAAGAUCAUAGAUUUCACACAUAUCGAAGAAAAUUUACUCAAAAGCGAAAAUGUAACUCCAUCACAGAUUCUUACUGUGAAGAGAUCUCUGCAACUUUUGAAGAUCCUGGCUAGCACAAUCGGCGGGGAGCAUCUUCGGAGAGAGAUAUCGGAGAUAGUUUUCACUAUAACUAAUAUUAGAGAUAUUUUAAGACAUGGAGAGAAACACUCACAUCUACAAAAACUCAGCGUUGAAAUUUUAACCUUUCUAGCAUUAGAAAGUGAUGCAACCGAGAAAAUCGGGGCUACAGGUGGAGUACUUCGCGAAUUGUUCAACAUAUUUUUCAAGCGCAGCAUUACAGAAGACACUAAACAUGACCUAACCGUUGCUGCGGGUGAAUCCUUAGCAAUGCUGGCGUUAGAUAGCGAGAGUAACUGUCAUCGAAUUAUGAAGCUGAAAUUACCGAAAAGACUUGUAGAAGCAUUGAAUGAUCCAUUGCUUCGCGUCAAUGCAGCUAGAAUUCUAAGAAAUUUAUGCAUCUAUAGCGGAUCAGAAUGGUUCCAUCAACUAAAGGAAGUAGCAGCUGCAACACCAAUAAUACUUCAAGCAAUUAUAUCAGAAGGAAACAAGGUACAAGAAGUGAUGGCUGGACUAGCAGCAAAUGUUUUCAAAUACAUGAAUUCUCAUGAAUCAAGAAUGUUAUUUAAAGAUGCUGGAAUCACUGAGGCCGAACUUGCAAACGAACUAGUAGAGAUUCUCAAGAAACACAAGUAUCCAACAUCUAAAGUCCCAAGGAUAAGGAGAUUCACAGUAGAAUUGUUAAUUUGGAUGAUGAAAGAUAAAGCAGAAAACAUAUAUAUCUUGAGAGAUCUAGGAAUGAAGGAAGCAUUGAGGGGUAUGUUAGAGACAACAUCAGACCUUGAGAACUUUAAUGUUUUCUGUGGGAGUGUUGGACUGAAUCGGCACAAACUCACGACUCAGUCAUUGUUUGAGACAGCACUCGAAUUGAUGGAAGACAUGUAA